UGCAUACCGUGAGAGCCCUUUAUUUAUGGGAUUAUAUGGUCGAAAAUAAAACAUUUGAGGCGUGAUUAAAAAUGUCUCCGUAUUACGCAGGGUUUUUUUUAACACUAUAAUUUUGUACACAGUUGUAAAAUAGUCCAUAGUCAGAUUUUCAGGUUUUACUGAUUUUGUGUGAAAUUCAGACUAAUUAAUUAGAUACAUAUACACCAAUCAAUAACAUUAAAAUUAAUUAAUUGAUUAAAUAAUUAAUUACUGUCAGCAAUUGGUGCUAAAAGAAAACCCACUGGGACAAACAGCUGGACUAGCUGAGCUGGUGCUUGUUUAGAGUUCCCUGAACCAUUGCCAUGGGAACCAGAUAUCUCCCUCACCAGAUUAUAAUCAGUUUCUUGCUUAUGUUUUUGUCAGAUGUUGGAAACUAUAGCAUCCCAAAACAGGUUUAUCUGCAUAUUUGUCAAGUUACAUGUUGUAAAAAAGAUUUUAUUGGCUAUUGGCUGAGAUUUAUUCCUACUUUCAAACCAAACAUAUAUUCACAUUUAUUAAAUGUCCCUGGAUAUCUAAUCUGCAGUGUAGCUCCUCCUGGCUGUUAUAUAAAAAAAAAAAAAGUAGAUCCCCCAUAGCGAGAGCUAUGGGGGAUCAGGUGAUCAGAUAAUCCCCUCCUGAGCUCCACAUGCUCGGCUGGACAGUAGAGAGACUCUCAGGUCAGCAGCAUUCCUGUGCAGAGGAGCCUUUCAUCCAGGGUCAACGCUUCCAAUGGAGGAACUAAGGUCCAGUUCACCUGCUCUCUGUCUGGAUCUAAACCACUCCGAGUCACCUGGAGCUGAUAAAAGCAUUUGCUUUAUAACAAGUCCCCGCUUGCUGGAGUGCAGGACUCAGCCAGGUAUUCAACCAGUUCAACUGCUAAUUAGAUCUCUGAACAAGCUGAUUGCAGGGCAGCAAGACGUGCCCUAUGAGGCCAUGAAGACUUUGCAUGAAUCCUAUGAGAAAGAACGAUCAAAGCUUUUCCAUAUGCCUGUGUGCAGCGAGGAGCAGGAGAGGAUUAUUCAGGCUGAAAGGCACAGGCGGUCGAGAAAUAAUGCAGCAUCAAGCUCUAAAGUUGUUCCUGCCACGAAGAGUAAGGAUCACUCAGCAGAGCCAGUUGUUUAUGCAGAUCUUUGCUUCAAAGGAAAAUCCUCUUCCUCUGUUGCUGUAAAGAGAGACCCAGAGAGGAGCACAGUUAGCAGCUUCAAUCUGGGAGAUCUGAAUUACUCCCUGUCUACUGAGAGGAAACUGCAGAAGAUCACCUCAGAAAUCAAAGGAAAGACAUGUGUCACAGUACCAGAGAGGGAUCGCAAGAUAGCAGCUCUGAUGCUGGUGAAGCAUCAGGAGGAGCAGGAACGCUUGAAGCUUUCUCAGCAGGAAGAACAAAAACGUCAGGAGGCCCGCAGGAAGGAGGAGGCCAGGCAGGCCCAGGCAGAAAAAGAACGAAGGAGGAGGCUUAAACAGAGGAUGAAACACUGGCACAAGGAGCUGGAGGCCCGCAGGAGGCUGAGGGAGAGGCAGGAGCAGGAAAAAGCAGCACAGCUUCGGAGAGAGAUGCUGCUCCAGGAGAACCGGUGGAGGAGGCUGAAAGAGGAGGCUGAGGCACAACGCAAAGAGAAACUGGAGGUUGCUCUAAAGGAGACAGAGGAACGUAAACAAUACCAGGAGAGGGUGCUGAGGGAGAAAGUAGAGCUGGAGAAAAGGGAGCUUGAGAAGGAGAAGAAGGCAGCAGAGGAGAGGGAGGAGAGGGCCUGGAGGAGCAGAGUGCUGCAGGAGAAGAGGGAGCAGAAAAGGCUGCAGGAGGAGAAUAACAGAGAAAUGCUGCGACACAUCCUAUUGAAGGAACAAGUGAAGCAGCAGAUGGAAGAAGAGGAGGCACAGAUGAGGAACAUGCUUGAGAAGAAGCUGCAGCAUUCCUCAGAGAAACGGGCCCGAGCUACAGAGGCACAGCUAAGGGAGCUGCAGGAGCGAGCUGCUCGGGAAGAGGUGCAGAUCCAAAGAGUGCAACUUAGGGCCAAGCUGCAGAGCAUCCAGGAGCUCACACACAAGCAGAUCCUGGUCCAACAGAGCCAGCUUCGCAUAGAGAGAGCUGCCCAAAAUGCCUCAGCGCUGCUCAGGAGCAGGACUAAGCAGACACAAGAACACAACAGACACAGACAGGUCUGCCACCAGCGGCUCAGUGAGAAGAUCCAGAAAGAAGAGGAUGCCACAAGGAGGCUCAGAGAGAACUACAUAUCCAUGAAGGAGGGGAAGAGGGAGAGGCUACAAAGGCUGAGAGAGCAGAUUCGGGAGGAGGCACAGAGGCUGGUGCGGGCUUCCUUUCACAUGAGGGACAGGGUCAGGCAGCAGACACACAGUCAGACCUUUGACCAGAUGGCCCUGGAGGCUCAGCUGGCUGCCUCCAUUAGCAAAAUGAAACUGUAAAACAUCACAGGGUACUUUUAGGUCUUUAAUUCUUCCAGGUCUUUCCCCUUAUUUAUAUACAGCACUUUUCACUCUCUACAACCACAAACAUGAAUGUAAUUUAUUUAGAUUUUAUGUAACAAAACAACUCAAAGUACUGAAUCAUUGUGAUGUGGAAGGAAAAUAAAACACGGCUUUCAAAAUGAUUUUCAAAUAAAAGCCUCAACAUUAUGGGGUGUAAGUGUUUUCAACCUCUUUACUCUGAUACCCCUAAAAUAAAACCCACUCUAAGUGCUUUCAGAAGUAAUCUAGUAAUAAAAAGAGUCCAUCUGUGUCCGAUUUAAUCUCAGUAUAAAUACAGCUGUUCUGUGAAGAUCUCAGAUGUUUGUUUGAGAGCAUUAGUGAACAAACAGAAUCAUGAAGAACAAGGAACACAGCAGGCAGGUCAGAGAGAAAGUUUUCUAGAUGUUUAAAGCAAAGUAAGGUUCAUUUAGUCAUCUAAAAAUGGAAGCAGUACAGCACAACUGCUAACCAACCAAAACAUGGCCAAGCAUCAGAACUGACGGGUCAGGAAAGCAGAGCAUUAAUUCAGGUUUUUACAAAUCACAAGCUUCACCAAUGACAGAUUUCAGGCUCUUACACCUAGGUGACGCGGUUAUUGGCAACAUAUGUGCUUUUUAUCUGAGCAAAAAAAUUGUUAAAACAUUUAUCAUGAUUCAUAAAAUCAAUUCACCUUCCUAGGAACAAACACAAGGCUGGCAUGGAUACAAGAUGUUAACAAUGGGAAUUCUGAUACCUCAUCUUGUUGUUUUGUGUCUGAUACAAUUAAAAAUACUGCAUCAUUUACAUUACUCGAAUGAAAAACAUUGGCCAUCUGUUCUGCUACUGCCCCUCUUCUGUUCAAAGGUUUGUGAAGCCCUAUCAGAUGUAACAAAACAAUAUUAUCUCACCUCACAUUUCCAUCUUUGGGGCUCCUCCUUCAGCAGUCACAGUUUCAACAUCAUAAUGAAGACCUUUAGCUUCACUUAUAGUCGAAAGCCUUACCCUUCUUCUGUGGAACACAGAAUACACGUUCUGUCUUCAAAAAUUGGAUUAGAGAACUGCUUUCUAUGCAGUACAGCCAAUCGUUACGGACAUUUUAGAACUUGGGCUUCCUUCGUGGAAUUUGUUAAACACAGAGUCACAGAAGUGCUAACAUUUGCUUUUUCAGUCUGCUUCUAAGAUGUAACAGCAAAAAGAUCCUUGCACUUACAUUUCAUCUGUUUAUUUACUUAUGUCACUUUGCCUUUUUUUAAAAAUCUCAAACAUAUUUAUUCAGUUGUUAUUGACUUUUUUAUUUAUUUACUUCUGUGUCUUAAUGUGAGUCAUUUGGGUCUAUAUUUAUGUUUGGAAAAAAUAUAAAAUAAGUAUUUAAAAGGAGAGCAUUAAUCCAAGAAGUAGUCGAGAGGUCUGCGGUAACUCUGGAGGAGCUGCAUAAAUCUCCAGCUCAGGUGGCAGAAUUUGUUGGUAGGGCAACUAACAAACUAAAUCUGGCCUUUAUGGAAAAGGGGGAAUUUGCUACAAGCCAUGUCAGGGACACAGCAAACAUGUGGAAGGAGGUGUUCUGGUUAGAAAUGACCAAAAAUGAACAUUUUGACUUACAUGAUUUUAUGUAUAAAAUACUUUCCCCACAGCCAAACAUGGUGGUGGCCACAUUAUGCUCAGGGUAUGUGGUUCCAGCAUCUUCAUAGCAGAGAUAAGAACAGAUCAAUCCUGGAACAAAAGCAGUUAGAUGCUGCAAAAAACAUGAAACUUGGUAAGAGGUUCACCUUCCAGCAGGACAAUACUAAAUAUACAGUCAGGGCUGCAGUGGAAAGGUUUAAAUCCAAGCACAUUUAUAUGUCAAAAUGGCCCAGUCAAAGUCCAAACCUAAAUCCAAUUGAGAAUCUGUGAAAAUAAAUAAAUGUUAAUGGUCACAAAUGCUCAGCAUGCAAUCUGACUUGGCUUGAGCUAAUUUUAAAGAACAUUUUUUUAGCGUUUCAGAUGUGUACAGCUGGUAGAAACAGACAUGCAAAUGCAAAUAACACUUGGGUGUAGUAAUGGACUCAGACCUGAACCUUCAGAGGCACAUAAAGAUAGUAACAAGGUCGGCCUACUAUCACCUAAA